AUGGCACAAGAUAUUGGUAAAAUAGAUAUAACAGAACGAACCAGAAGUAUUUUUGGUAGCAGAUUGCAAUCCAGCAUUGCUAGCCCAGUAUUUUCUUAUCAGCAGUCCCUAGAGAACGUCCCAGAAACAUUGGUGACAACUAUUGAUAAUGGUCUUCGGAUAGCUUCAGAAGACUCUGGAUCUCUAACCGCCACUAUUGGCUUAUGGAUCGAUGCGGGUAGUCGCUUCGAGAACGAUGACACGAAUGGCGUAGCACAUUUUUUGGAGCAUAUGAUUUUUAAGGGAACAAAGAGGCGUUCACAAUUGGCUUUAGAAGUGGAGAUUGAGAAUAUGGGUGGACAUUUAAACGCUUAUACAUCCCGUGAAAUGACUGUAUACUUUGCAAAGGUAUUGUCGAAAGAUAUUCCGAAGGCUGUAGAAAUAUUGGCUGACAUAGUUCAAAAUCCUUUACUUGGCGAAGCUGAAAUGGAGCGCGAAAGAGGAGUAAUUCUUCGUGAAAUGCAGGAAGUGGAUACGCAAACUGAUGAGGUAGUUUUCGAUCACUUACAUAGUACUGCUUAUCAGGGAACAAACUUGGCUCGUACCAUACUUGGCCCAAGUAAGAAUAUUAGGUCUAUAACGCGGGAUGACUUGCUCGAUUAUAUUUCUACACAUUAUACAGCUCCUAGAAUUGUUUUGGCUGGUGCCGGAGGUGUGAAACACGACGAUCUACUUAGGUUAGCGGAACAGAAUUUUAAGAAUAUACCGACAGCAUCUGAUAAAUUUUCUGGGCUAACUCAUUGUCGGUAUACAGGAAGCGAGAUUCUGGUUCGUGACGAUAAUAUGCCUUUGGCUCAUAUCGCUAUUGCAGUGGAGGGCUGUGGAUGGACUCAUCCUGAUUACUUUCCUUUAUUAGUAGCUAAUGCUAUCAUCGGAAAUUGGGACAGAUCUUUUGCGUCGGGGCAGAACAGUGGAAGUCGUUUGGCUAGGAUCGUACGAGAGAAUGAUCUAGCCCAUAGCUACAUGUCAUUUAAUACUUGCUACACGGACACUGGUUUAUGGGGGGCUUAUUUUGUCACAGAUCGCAUGAAAAUUGACGAUAUGGUCUUUAGCUUGCAAAAGGAAUGGAUGAGAGUUUGUACCGGUAUUACUGAAAAUGAAGUGAAGAGAGCCAAGAACAUGCUCAAGACUACUCUAUUUCAGCAGCUAGAUGGGUCUACUCAAAUCUGUGAAGACAUUGGACGACAAAUCCUAACUUAUGGAAGACGCAUUCCACUAGCAGAAGUAGAUGCUCGUAUUGAGCAAGUGACAGCCGGAGUAAUCAAGUCAGUUGCUUCAAAGUAUAUUUAUGAUCAGUGUCCAGCAGUAGCUGCCGUAGGUCCUAUUGAACAACUUCCUGAUUACAAUAGAAUACGUAGUGGGAUGUACUGGCUGCGAAUGUAGUUACAGCUAAAUAGUGACUUUUACUUUGAGAACGCCGUUAAAAUUUGUUUACUUUUUUC